AUGGGGGACCAAACCGAAUAUGGGCUGCAUGAUGGCCUGAAGAGCGCACUCCUCAACUGGGCGUCCAUACUCGCCGGCGCCGUGUUCUUGCUAUACGUCCUUCACAGAGCGGCUCUUCCGAAACCCUUGAAGGGAAUCCCAUACAAUCAUGAAUCGGCGAAAAGGAUCUUGGGCGACAUCCCGAACAUCUCAUCCACCCCAUCACGGCGGGAAUGGUUCGUUGACCUGGUCCGCCGACACAACAGCCCCCUCACCCAGAUCUUCAUCUUCCCAUUCAAGCCUCCGGUCGUCAUCUGCGGCGACCCCAUCGAAUCGCAGGACAUUUGCACCCGGCGGACUUCCGAGUUCAAACGAGCCAGCAACUUCAAGAACAUUUUCGGCGUGAUCCCGAACCAUCGCAUCGUGAUGGCGGAUGACGACCCCAGGUUCAAGAAGAACCGGGAGCUGACGAGGGACCUGAUGACGCCGGGGUUUCUGCACGAGGUAUCGGCGCCUGAGAUCUAUGAUAAAUCCAUGCGACUCGUGGAGCUUUGGACACAGAAGAGCAGACUCAGCAACGGGAGGCCCUUUGAGGCUGGUAGAGACAUUCACAACGCGGCCCUCGAUAUCAUCCUGUCCGUCGCAUUCAACCCCGACCCGACCAAGAACAUCACGGCGCGCAACAUCGCCCACCUUGAGUCCAUUCCGACGCCACUUGCAACGACCGGCGACGAAGACCUACCUGUCAAGAUUGAGAACCUAGCGGCAGAGCCACUCACAAAGGCUCUCUCCGCAUUGGCUGAAAGCGCCGGUAGGAUACUGAGAGCGCCACUCCCUCGUUUGAAAUUGUGGCUGCUGCGGAGGGAGCGGCUGAUGAAGGAAGCUUUCGUCGCGAGAGCCGUCAUGGAGGCUCGGGAGCUGGGGAGUGCAGUGGAGAGGAUGGAGGCCGGGGAGCCCCCGAGAUGUGCGAUGGACCAGAUAAUGAUCAGGGAGAGGGCGAUUGCAGAGAAGGAAGGGAGAAGUCCAGAUUACUACUCGGACACCGUGAAAGACGAGCUAUUGGGCUAUCUCAUUGCCGGCCACGACACGACCUCUUCGGCAACGCAAUGGGGCAUCAAGUUCCUCACUCGAUACCAGCCCGUACAGACCCGCUUGCGAGCCGAUAUCCGUGCAGCUUUCCCCUCUGCCGACCGCCCGCCGCCCGUCGCCGAGAUCCUCAAGGCCCAGAUCCCCUACCUCGACGCCGUCAUCGAGGAGAUCCUCCGCUGCUGCAAGACGCUCCCCAUCAUGAGCCGCGAGGCCACCGUCGACACGCAGAUCCUCGGCACCGCCAUACCAAAGGGCACGACGGUCAUGUUCCUGGCCCACGGGCCGGGCUACCUGCAUCCUGCGGUCCCCGUCGACGAGACAAAGCGCACGGAGAGCGGGAAGAGCGCGCAGAGGAGGAUCGGGACGUGGGACGCGGAGAGCGUCGAGGACUUCGUGCCGGAGAGGUGGCUGAAGAAGGACGCGGAGGGCAGGGAGGUGUUUGAUACGAACGCGGGGCCGAUCAUGACGUUCGGGUACGGCCCACGGGGGUGUUUCGGGCGCAGGCUGGCGUACCUGGAGAUGAAGACUGUGCUGUUCCUGGUGAUCUGGAGCUUCGAGCUUGGGGAGGUGAGUGCGGAGCUGGGCAGUUGGGCUUCAACGGAUGGGCUUACGACGAUUCCGAAGUCGUGUUAUGUCAAGCUGAGGAAGGUAUAG